GGAGGACUUUCAUGUGAGGAUUCUGAUAUUGAUCUCUGAUCCUCUGGAUUCUUGUGUGUUUCUUCUCAUGCUCCCAGCACAGACCUGCCACAGAGCCCAGGAGUGGCUGAGCGUGGUGUCAGAGCUCACGCUGCGCCUCAACAAAGGGAAGUCUUCUCCAGAUCCCAGAGCUGCUGUGGGAGCCGAUGAAGACGAUGAGGAGGGGUCUUCCUCACUGAGGCUGCAGGACCGACGUUCUCCUGGUGCAGAUGAAGCGGCCGGUGACAGCUCCGUCACCUGUGAGGCAGAAAGCAGAGCUGAGAGGCAGGCCCCCGCUGAGGAUGAGGAGAACACCUAUGAGGAGGUCCAGGUACCUGAGCAGCAUCAGUCCAUCAGCUGGAGAGACGGAGAGUCUGAGAACCGUGCAGAUCUCUGGGACUCCGACGCUUCAGCUCCGUCCUGCAGGAAGCUGUCCACAGAUGUCCGGCGGCUGAGCGAGCGACCCGUCAGCUGGACAGACGUGGCCAUACGAGCCAGUACACCUCAUCUCACCACCAUCAGACAGAACUGUGACACUAAGGUCCAACAGUUGAUGAGAUCGACGAGGAACGGCACUAAAGAGGGACUGAGAAAAACAACGUUAGCCAUGAUCCGCCGAGUGGCCUUCCUGCAGAGGAAGAACUCUACAGGUGAGGGGAAUGAAGACACAGGAUACUUGGAAGUGUCCAUUUGUGAGUUGAAACACCCUCCAGCUCAACUCUGUCCGACGCCGGAGGGGCUCAGCAGCCAGCAGGUCAUCCGACGCCUCAUUCUCAGCUCCAUUGUUCAAAGUGAGAGCAGCUACCUGGACUCCUUGAAGAGGAUCCUGCAGGAAUACCAAAAGCCGCUGCUGGAGAGCCAUUCUUCCAUCCUGAACCCGGAGAAGGUGCAUCAGAUCUUCUUCCGUCUGAAGGAGAUCCAUCAGUGCCACUCCAUGUUCCAGAUCGCCCUGGCGUCCCGGGUGUCGGACUGGGAUCAGAGUGAGAUGAUCGGUGACCUGUUUGUAGCCUCGUUUUCCAAGUCCAUGGUUCAGAGUGUGUACAGAGACUACAUCAACAACUUCACCAAAGCCAUGGCGCUCAUCAAGAAGGCCUGUGUGUCCCGGCCGGCCUUCCUGGACUUCUUAAAGAGGAAACAGGCGUCGUCUGCAGACCGGAUCACUCUGUACGGCCUGAUGGUCAAGCCAAUCCAGCGCUUCCCUCAGUUCAUUCUGCUGCUACAGGACAUGCUGAAGAACACUCCUCUGGCCCAUAAGGACCGGCUUCCUCUGCAGCUAGCUCUCACCGAGCUGGAGAUCCUGGCGGAGAAGCUCAACGAGGAGAGGCGCUUGGCUGACCAGGACGCAGAAAUCCAGCAGCUGUCUCACAGCGUAGGAGACCGCACCCUCAACAAGCUGCUGAACUCAGAGCAGAGGCAGCUGAUCCACUGUGAGCUGCUGACGGAGACCGUCUACGGAGACAAGGGUCAAGUCCUCAAGUCUAAGAGGCGAAAGCUGUUUCUCUUCAGUGACUUCUUGAUCUGUGCCAACGUCACCUGGAAAGGUCCUCCUGAAAUCAGCAGCCUGGUUCCCCUUGGAGCCAAAUGCUCCGUGAAGUGGUGUGCCCCACUGGCUCAGAUCCAGGUGGAGGAGGUGGGGCAGGAUGGGGUCGCAAUGAGUAGACGCCAAAGCUCCGCCUCCAACACUGCAGGGAGGAUGUUCCUGGGCCCCCCGAGGUUAUUCCAGGAUCUGGAGGAGCUGCAGCACGACCUGGCUGUGGUGGAGGAGGUGUCUCUGCUGGUGGGCACGUUACACGGACUCUACCAGAACCUGAACAGCACCGUGUCUCAGGACUGGUGCUGCGCUCUGCAGAGGCUCAUCCGUCUGAAGGAGGAGCAGAUCCAGGACGCCAACAAGUGCUGCCUGCGUCUGUCCAUUCCAGGCCGACCAGACAGGUCUGGACGUCCUGUGAGCAUCAUGGUGGUCUUCAACACCCUCAGCCCCCACAGCAAGAUCUCCUGGGUGAACCGCAUCUACCUUGCUAAGCUGGCUCAGAGGAAGGAAAACUCUCCUGGAUGGGAAUGUCACGAAGACGACUGCAGGACCCAAGCUCUGUUUGGAGCGCCGCUGCUGACCUGCUCUCUGCCGGUUCUGUCCUCCAGGACACACUCUCUGACGCUGGAGGCGGCUCUCCACAGUCCUUCACAGUCCACCCUACUCGGUCUCUGCUCCACGACCACAUGUCUGCCGCAGGGUUACCUCUGGGUUGCUGGUGGUGGAGGCGGCUCUCUCCACGGCCAGGUGGAUAUCUUCUCUUUGAACCGAACCACGCCUCGCCUGGUGAAGAGCGUCCCCCUGAGGUCCUCCGUCCUCUGUCUGGAGCUGGUGAAGGAGUCAGGUCCUCAGACUGAAGAAGAGGAGGAAGAGGAGGCUGGCAGGGUCACCAGGGCGGGGAACAUCAUCUGUGUGGGCCUGCAGGACGGCAGUAUUCACGUGCACAGCAGCGUGGACACGGCGGUGGAGACUCUGCAGACGCUGGUGACCCCGGACGGCUGUCCUGUGCUCUGCCUCAGACACUCCCCCUCCUUCCUGUUUGCUGGCCUGGCCAGCGGUAAAGUGGCCGUGUUCCAGAGAGGAGCUGGAGAGAGGCUGUGGGACGUGGACUCGUGCAGGCUGGUGCUGCUGGGCUCCCAGCCGGUCCACGCUCUGCUGGCGGUGGAAGACGGCGUGUGGGCGAGCUGCGGCCAUCAUGUGUCCGUCAUCCAAGGAGAGAGUCUGCACACGCAGGUUUUGGAGGUUCAUCAUGAUCCAGGCUGCCGGGUUCGCUGCAUGGUGCGUUCAGGAGCUGGAGUGUGGAUGGCCUUCACUCAGGAAUCCUCCAUUCAGCUGUUCCACACAGAGACCUUGGAGCUGCUGCAGGAAGUGAACAUCUCAGCCCGAUCCCGGCAUCCAGGUCAGCUCACCGUCUCCUGCAUGCUGAUCUGUCAGGGUCUGCUGUGGGUGGGCACCGACCAGGGAGUGAUCCUCACGUUUCCUGUCCCCACCCUGGAGGGCAUCCCGAGGAUCACAGGAAAGGGAAGAACGUCUCUCAACGCUCACUGUGGUCCAGUGGACUUCCUGGUGUCCGCUUCCAGGACUUUGGUUCCGGACUUCCUCAGUCGAGGGCCCGUCCUCAGCAGCAGCCCGGAUGGAGAAGCAGGAGCUGAAGAAAGCUCCUCCCAGGAUCCAGAAGCCCCGCCUCUGAAGGGUCUCCUGCUGCAGUACCGAGUCACGUCCAGCAGCCAGCUCCCCGGGAAGCUGCUGUCCGCCCAGCCCCCCCAGGACGGAGGAAGGACCCCCCCGGAUCUGCCGGAGCACCGGCCAGAGGACGGCUCCAUCUAUGAAGUGAACGAGGACCCUGACGUGUGGAUGCGGGGCCGGGCCGUGGGGGUGGGGGACGAAAGGGAGGCCAAGCGCAGCAGGAUGACCUCCACCGCCGUCUUCUCCGGCGGGAGGGGGGUCCGCAGGACGGAGGGGAGCGACUCGGCUGAGAACGCCACCCAAAACACGCUGCUGGUGUGGCAGCUGCCUCUGAUGCUCAGCCAGUGACCGCUGACGUCAGGACCUCCGUGACCCCGCCCACCAGUUAGCUGCAGCGGAGGAAACAGAGAUCUAAGCUCCUCCCACUGAGGCAGCAGAGAUCUAAGCUCCUCCCACAAGAGCAGCACUCCCUCCCCAACACACAACUCGUUUUUACUAAACAGUUCUGCAAAUGUGUGAUUUGUUCAGUGGACUUUUCCCACUAAAACUUUGCAGACACGAAGACGUUUUCAGUCAGAGGAACACUAAAGAUGAUGACGGCGCUGACAUGAAGAACUUACAUGUUCCUUCUAGGAAUUCAGUCCAGUCUAAAUGUAUUUAUAAAAGUCUUUAACCGUUUCAGCAAACUCAAAGUGCCUGCACUGAUGACCUCAUCAGUGGAAAUGUUUAGGAAACUGAAAUACAUUUCCUUUUAAAACA